CAAGUAUUGGAGCAAAAAUUUUACAGGAGAGUGAUAAUGGUUCAUUAUUUACUAUGGAAUAUUUAAUCUUAAUCAACGCGUCUUUUCGUGUCUUGAUUCAUUUGUAGAACAUCUCAGUCGUCGUCAGAUCGUUCUAUGGUUUAGAUCAUUUUUCAUCCUAUUUUUAUUUUAAAAGAAAUCGGCAUUGACAAUAUACAUCGGCAUUGUCAAUAUACGUACAAUGGUUUGAAAAAAAAAAAAUUAAAAAAAAGGUUAUUUAAUUAAAUACCAAAAAUAUAUUACUAUAAAGUUAUUGACUAAAGUUAGACAACAACGACAAUAACGUUCUGACAAAUGCCUCUAAAACGGUUUAGCUAAAGAUCGAAAAAUGCACAAUUUUUACAUCAAAAACACAAAGACUGAUUUUGAAACUCUACCAAUACUUGGAAACGAGAAGCAUCAGAAAAAUUGUGAUUAUGGCUCAACAAAAACAGAAAAACCAACAAAAGACGAUUCCGAUUGUUUCAAAUACCCUAUAGCUGUGAUUUUUGUAUUAGCAUCCAAAUUCUUUGAAGCAUUUGCUGCUAAUGGAGUACGAACAGUUUUGGCGCUUUUUUUACAUGAUUCAAUACAGCUCAGCGAAGACGCAUCAAGCGUCGUUUUACAUUUGUUCAACUUUUUUAGUCAAUUUUGUCCAAUAUUUGGCGCAGUAUUAGCAGAUAGUUAUUUAGGAAAUGCAAAGACAUUAUUUAUUUUCUACAUUCCAUAUGCAAUUGGAUAUGUUGGACUCGUUUUAACUACAGUGCCAUAUUUAGAAGAGAUUAUUUCGACAACGACUCUCGUUUACGUAUCACUCUUGUUAAUAUCUAUUGGAAAUGGUAAUUUACGAGCUUGUAUCACAUCACUUGGAGGACAUCAAUUUAUUCUUCCUGAGCAAAAACCUGAAUUGGACCAAUAUUUUAGUCAUUACUAUUUCGUUUAUACGUUGGGAAUCCUUCUAAGUAAAGUCUUCCCUCCCGAAGUUCGAAGUGUGACAACUUGCUUUCAAGAAGAUGUUUGUUACACAGCAGUGUUUGGCUUGUUGUGCAUCGUCUUUUUUGCCUCAUGGUUUAUUUUCCUUCUGGGAUUAUGUUUCUAUAAAUCUGAGACGCCACAGCAUAAUAACGUUUUAUGUCAAGUAAUCGCGUGUGUUUGGCAUGCAUUAUGGAAUAAAGUAAAGGGCAAAUCAUCAUCAAAUGAAUGGCUUGAUAGUGCUGUUGGAAAAUAUUCUGAUGUGUUUGUCAAUGACGUGCGAUCGUUUCUGAGAGUUACUGUUCUGUUCAUCCCAUUACCAAUCUAUUGGUCACUUCUUGCGCAACAGGAUUCCAGCUGGACCUUUCAAGCAACUCAAAUGAACACAACAAUUGCCGGUUAUUACAUUCAACCAGAUCAAAUUAAAGCAAUCGGACCACUGUUACUUCUGCUCUUGAUACCUUUAUUUGAAAAAGUGAUAAAUCCAUUUUGUCAUCAAUGUCAAAUCUCACCUCUGCACAGCGUUAGUCUCGGAGGGUUUAGUGCCGCAUUUUCGUUCGCUUGUGCCGGAAUUUUGCAAAUUCUUAUUGAAAAAAGUGACUAUACUCUCUCCGUAAUCUGGCAAUUUCCGCAAUUCCUUUUUUUGCAACUUGGUGAAGUUCUUUUAUCCAUUCCGGGAUUACAAUUUGCCUUUACUCAAGCUCCGAGUAGCAUGAAAUCUGUUUUGACAGCAGCUUGGUUCUGUAAUAAUGCUUUUGGAAAUCUCAUUGUCGUCAUUAUGAAAGAAGUGAAGCCAGUACACGAUCAAAGCACCGAGUUUUUCAUGUAUUCAAUUUUGAUGCUUUUGGGCAUUGUUAUAUUUUCGUUUUUAGCACAUUGGUAUGAACAGAGAUGGGAAACACGCUCGAGUGAAGGAAUUAUUGCUUCAGAAGAACAAACAAUCGAAAAGUUUGUAUAUGUCGAAGAAUUAGGACUCGGAAAUUUGGAAGGAAAUAGUUUAGAAAGUUUGAAUAGUAAUUGUAGCAAAUGUUAAGUACUACUUAGAAUUAAAUAAAAACUAAAUUUUC